AUUCAUCCUCCCCCAAUACCCAUCCAAUAUGCCCGCCAUCUCAUCCGCCGGGUGAAUUCCAUCCUAUGCCCCACCAACGGCGGCAUAAUCUGGAAGGCAGAGAAGAAACUGGGGCUGAACUGGGCUGGUUAAUACGACGAUUCGCUCCCUCUGGCUCGCAUGAUGGGCUCUACCCAGACAUUUGCCGCCCUCACACACCUCUCUACUGUGCUAUACGUUUGGGGGUUACACACCCCGGGAGCAACCCCAUGAUACUGCACCAGAUGCUGCAGGCCUGAGGGAGUGACAUUCUAUGACCCGCGGAAGGAAUACGCGCACUCAUGCCAACGCUAUUCAUGGCCUUUCUCUUGUUGAAGGCGUAGCGCUAUCAAAUACCAUGCCAUACUACGCAGUAUGGACCUUGCCCCUUGCUUGUCAUGCCGCACCCAUGAGGGCAUACGAUAUCUGCCUAGGUACUGUAGCUACCUCUGAGGAUAACAUGUACACAUAGCAACAUGUGUUCUUCUUAGCAUAAAUAUAAAUAAUACUGUCCCCUCCUCUGAGCUGGCUAUCCCAUUCUUGCUUCUCCUCUCCUCCUCUCUCUACUCUAUCAACCAACCACCACAUCUCUUACACAAUCAACAACCGUCACAAUGGUCAACGUUCCCAACAUCAAGCUCAACAGCGGCUUUGACAUGCCCCAGAUUGGCUUCGGCCUCUGGAAGGUUGACGACAACUGCGCUGACGUUGUCUACGAGGCCAUCAAGGCUGGAUACCGUCUUCUCGACGGUGCUUGCGAUUACGGAAAUGAGAAGGCCUGCGGUGAGGGUGUCGCCCGCGCUAUCAAGGAUGGUAUCGUGAAGCGUGAGGACCUCUUCAUCGUCUCCAAGCUCUGGCAGACCUACCACGACAAGGAGAACGUCGAGCCCAUCACCCGCCGACAGCUCGCAGACUGGCAGAUCGACUACUUUGACCUCUUCCUCAUCCACUUCCCCGUCGCCCUCGAGUACGUUGACCCCGAGGUCCGCUACCCCCCUGGCUGGCACUACGACGACGCCGGCACCGAGAUCCGAUGGAGCAAGGCCACCAACGAGGAGACCUGGGGCGCCAUGGAGGGCCUCGUUGAGAAGGGUCUUGCCAAGUCCAUUGGUAUCUCCAACUUCCAGGCUCAGUCCAUCUACGAUCUCCUCAAGUACGCCAAGAUCCGACCUGCCACCCUCCAGGUCGAGCUUCACCCCUACCACCAGCAGACCGAGCUUGUCCGCCUCGCCAAGGCUGAGGGCAUUGCUCUGACUGCCUACUCUUCUUUCGGUCCUGCUGGCUUCAUGGAGCUCGACAUGGACAUUGCCAAGUCUGCUUCUCCUCUCAUGCAGCACGAGGUCUUCACUGGCCUCGCCAGCAAGUACGACAAGACCGCCGCUCAGGUCCUCCUCCGAUGGGCCACACAGCAAGGUCUUGCCGUCAUCCCCAAGAGCACCACACCCGAGUACAUGGCCCAGAACUUCGGCUGUGUCGGUUGGGACAUUGAUGAGGAGGACAUGAAGCGCAUUGCCAGAAUGAACCUCAACCUCAAGUUCAACAAGCCCACCAACGUAAGUUUUCACUCUCAAUUGGUUACCUGAGACAAUGCUAACAUUUCGCAGUACUUCCCUACCGAGAAGCUCUGGAUCUUCGCUUAAAUAAUGACAAUGAAAUGAUAUGAUAAGUAAAAGAAAGAAGCAUUGGAAACAUGAUUGUUUGGGAUAUUUGGCGUUUGAUGACGAUGGGCUGCAUUUUGUAGAACCGCAAGGACUUGAUGAGACGCUCUCAUAGAAUACAAAAGACAGUUAACCCUUCAACAAAUUUGGUCACUUUUGCGUGAUAUGAUUAUCGUUUUGGGAAAUGAUUGCUCCAUGAUAUGACCAAGACUGAGC